UGCCUCGUUCACUGUAAUGUAAUACUCCUGUGGCUCUUUUGAAACAGGAUUUGUUAGGCUAUAUUUACAAGUUUGACCCGAGGGAGGACCAAACAACUGUCUCAACAGGGUCUAUUAUUAGCACGCAGUAUUCCCCACAUUUAUUAGCAUCAGUAAGAAUCUACUGAGAUGACAUACAUUUUUAUGGGGAAAGUCCAAGAGUUCAGGAGGCAAUGUCUAGCAAUGUCUAGUGACUACAUUUUGCGUCUGACGAAUUUGUAUUAAAUACAGGUCGUCCUCCAGUUUCAAAAUCCACAAUCAUUAUGCAGUUCCAAAAGAUGGUCCAAUUGGUCCGCUUUGUUUUACAGAGUCAGUGAAAUAUUCUCUUGAUAUGGAAUAGUCUAUUCCUUAUUGUUGAUUGCUGUAUGGUGAACUUUGCACGGGCACAGCAUUUCUUCAGUGCGCAAAUUGAAUAGCAGAGAGACGCAUUCAUUGACCCAUCAUCAUCAUCCAGCGGUCUGAAAGGUAGGCUAUGUCGGAUAUCAGGAGGCGAAUAAAACAUUUGCUGCGCACCACGACAUGGCAACACCAAGGCUUCUGGUCUUGAAGACAGUCGCCAACCAUAAAGUCACCUGAUAUAUUUUGGUGAGGGGAACUUUUAUAAUACUUUCUCCACCCCCCAGAACUUUGAAGACCGCCCACCUCAGACAUUCGGCAAGAGACCCUCAUAUAGAUUUAAAAGCGAGUCAGAAUCCGGGUGAAUGACAGUCAUUGAGAGCGGGACAUCGUCAGCAGAAAACUCCGCUGGCUAUCUUUGUCGCUCACACCACAAGUCCCUAUUCGCCGAGGAUGCUACGGUCACUGCAGCUUCGCCAAAGCGUCAUCGCGCUGUGGCUGUGGUUCGCACAUUUUAUGGAUGAACACAAAGUGCAAGCUGGCAAUUGUUGGCUUCAGCAAGGGAAAAACGGGAGGUGUCAGGUCCUGUACAUGUCUGGGAUGAGUCGGGAAGAGUGCUGCAGGGGAGGCCGCCUUGGCACCGCAUGGACCGAGGAGGACGUUCCGAACAACACGCUCUUCCGGUGGUUGAUAUUUAAUGGCGGAGCUCCAAACUGCAUACCAUGCAAAGAGACAUGUGACAACGUAGACUGCGGCCCGGGCAAGAGGUGCAAGAUGAACAAAAGGGACAAGCCUCGCUGUGUGUGCGCGCCAGACUGUUCCAACCCCACCUGGAAGGGCCCGGUGUGCGGCUCAGACGGCAAGACAUAUCGCUCGGAAUGCGCGCUCCUCAGGGCGCGCUGCAAGCGGCAUCCGGACCUAACAGCCCAGUACCAGGGCAAGUGCCGAAAGACGUGCCAUGAUGUGAAGUGUCCGGGCUCCUCCACCUGCGUGGUGGACCAGACCAACAGUGCCUUCUGCGUGACGUGCCACCGCCUGUGCCCGGAGGCCUCCCUGCCCGAGCAGUACCUCUGUGGCAACGACGGCGUCGUCUAUGCCAGCGCGUGCCACCUACGCAGGGCCACCUGUAUCCUGGGACGCUCCAUCGGAGUCGCCUACGAGGGAAAAUGCAUAGAUGCCCACUCCUGCGACGACAUUCCGUGCCGCGGCAGCAGGAAGUGUCUAUGGGACAGCCGCUCGGGCCGGGGACGCUGCGCCGUGUGCGAGGACGACGCGUGUCACGAGGGGGCUGGCGGCGGCGAGAGCGUCUGCGCCAGCGACAACACCACCUACCCCAGCGAGUGUGCCAUGAAGCAGGCUGCCUGCCAGAAGGGACAGGUCCUGGAGGUCAAGCACGCCGGCUCCUGCAACUGUUUAUAGGCUUACAAGCCCCCACAACUGACCCCGCAACCUCAACUUCAGUCCCCCCCUCUCCACCUCCACCGCCAUCUCCACACUUCAUCACUCCAUCACUCCGUCCCUCCGUCCGCCCGUCCGUCCCGCGGGCCCUUGUGCAGAAUGGCAUUGCGUAAUCUCACUGGCUGCUGACUGUUGGCCAGCGGAGCGAGGAGAAGAGAGGAGAGUGAGCCAGGAGGAGAGAGUGAGGAGAAGAGAAGAGAGUGAGCUCGGAAAAGAGAAGAGAGUGAGUGUGGAGAAGAGAAGAGAAGAGAGUGAGUGUCACAGCAGCCGCAGCAUGAAGCAGUGCGAAGGAGGCAGCAGCAGCAGUGACAACAGCAGCCUCAGCAAAGCAGAUCACAGAGCAGAGCGGACCAGGCCCGGCCCGGCCCGACCCGACCCACUCACUGGCCCACAGCCACUUGGGAACACAGUACUGUGAAGAGAAGAGAAAGGAGAGAAGAAGAAAAAAGAGAGAAUGAGAGAGGAGAGGAGGGGGAGGGCGGGGAGGAAGAUGGCCCCCAUUGGCAGCCAUGGUCUGUCAUUUUUCAGAAGUGUCUGUGAGACGUGUAUUCAUGUGGUCAGCUGACACACAUUAUACCUGCAUACACAUAUAUGUUUUUUUUUGUUUUGUUUUGUUUUGUAUAUGUACAGAAUACACAAUGACAUACUUGUUUUAUAUCCCAUCGUGUACAGUAGCCAUCUUUGGAGAGCGGAAGGAGGACCAUGUAGGAAGGAAAACGAGGAACCGGAUAACAUGGAUUUACUAGUCAUAAUGGACACACGCACACACACACAUACACAGUCGCACAUGCGCGCGCGCACGCACACACACACACACACACACACACAGACACAGUCACACAGACGUACACAUACAGACACGUAUGCACUACGCACGCAUGCACACACACACAGACACACAAACAGAUGCACGCACGCACACACACAGACGCAUGCACACACACUCACACACACACACACGCACACACACUGGUUCGACAUCAAUAAUGGGACACUCCAGUCUGCAACAGAGUCGGUGUGUGUGCACAUCUGUAUAUACUGCGCGCGGGCUUAUUUAUUGGACACGGAAGGAAACAGACUCGCUAAUGUCUCAUUGUGUCCUGGAUGUCUAUUUAUAAUACACAUUGUUUUGUUUGGUUUGUUUUGUUUCGAUGUCUCUAUUUAUAUACAUCUGCAGUGUCUGACCGACUGUAUACAUCUAUAUCUCACUCUUUGUAUAUUCCCCUUCUAGAGAAAUAUUAUUUAUUAUGAUGAGGUGCAAUGCCACCCCGGUGAACCCUGCAGUCAGAGUGGCGUUGGGAAGCUGUAUAUUGCCUAUUUUUGGUGAUCUGUGUAUUGUAUGCUCCUGUUGUUGGUCUCUUUGUUUUUGUUUUUUUUGUUUUUUUUUUAUCAACGGUCUUUGUACGUACGUAAGUGGAAUACAGUGUUAACUUGCAUGUGGUUUUUAUUUCACGGAAAACCUGAAGCUCACUAAUACUACAUGUAUGGCUAUAGUGUGAGACAUGGGAUCUGUUGUUGUUUACAAUUCAAAGCUGACCAAAGGGGCUUUGUUCAUUUCCCCCCCCCCCCCGAAUGCAUCUUGUGUUUUUACUUUUUUUCACUUUUUUUUUUCUCGGAAGCAUCUCAUUUUGUGUAAGAGCGGGUUGUACAGCCAGAGUGUGUUGCAUUUUUUUUCUAUAUGUAGUUGUGAAAGUCCAUUGAUUUUUGAGUCCAUUGAGUGUGUCUGUCCCACACUUUGGUUGUCUGAAAUGUGCCAUUGAUCAAGCUUGACCGCCAUUCAUGCCAAUACUGCAGUCAGUGUCCUGUUCGUUCAGAGUACAGCAACGGAAACCCACAUUGGUUUAUCAUGAUGUACAGACAUUAACUCAAUAUCAAUGUUUGCAUUAUAUAUUUUUUUCUCAUUAAUAUAUAUUUUUUCUCUUUAUGUAUUUUUUUUUAAAUGUUAUAGAUCAGUUAUAAAUGUAUAGUUUUGUAUUUUUAAUGUAAAUGUCUAAUGUAUAUAAAUGGUUACAAUGCUAUUUCUAAAGGAACAUAUGGCAUA